UACGAGCUCAUCAAUUUUCUACAAUUUUUCGAAGAAUUCAUAGCUGCCUCUACGUCCGGUAUGAUGAACGCUUUGCUCGUGACCUUGAAAUAUCUCGAAUGGCGGAGAAUCAUUUGUCGUGUAAGAAAAUUUUUGAAUCGUUGAUCAAAUGCCAUCAGAGGGUCAUUACAUUUGCCGAGAAUAUCGAAAAUAUAUUUUCUUACAUCGCACUGAUGCAAUUUCUUUCGAAUACUUUGGUGAUCGGACUAUUGGGUUUCCUAAUCGUCACGUCACUAGAUUCCGAGCAAAGGUCUGUAAUAUUGGCAAGGACUAUUCCCUAUUAUAUUCUAGUGAAUUUGGAGGCCUUCGUUCUUUGCUUUGCUGGAGAAUUUAUUAGAUCCAAGAGCAUAGCUAUCGAGAAAGCAGCUUAUGAAUGUAAUUGGUACGAACUUGAUCCGAAAGAAAGUAAAUCUUUAUUAUUACUGAUAAUCAGAUCCCAGAAAAGAUUUAAGAUCACCGCAGGCAAGUUUAUGGAGUUAUCCUUAGAAAGAUUCGCACGAAUGUUGAAUGCCUCUGCCUCGUACGUUUCUGUACUUUACGCGAGUUAUUAAAAUUCAUUUUUUAUUUCUUCAUUUUGUAGUAA